UUCCCGGAGAUCUACGAUCAGAUCAUCUCAUACGAGCACUGCCUCAUGCAGGGGCGGCGGCUGGGAGACCGGUGGCAGCUGCACAUAGACAGUGACGAGUUCGUGUGGUACGAGCCGCGCACGGGGGGCUUCCUCAAGCCACUGCUCGCGCGCCUUGAGCUCAACCACACGCACUCCCGCCCGCGCGGCAGCAAAGAGCCCCUCCGGGUCAUUCAGCUGCGCCGCUUCAACUUCUGGGGUGUGGAGGCGGAGUCGCGCCGCGAGCCCGUGUUGGACCGCCUCACAUGGCGCUGCGCUCAGCCCAUGUGGCACACGGAGGGGUGGGCCGGCUGGCAUGACAAGCUGGCCGUCAACCCGCAAACCAUCCUGCCCUACUCCGUGGCGAUCCACACCACCACAGCCCCCCCGGAGUCGGUGGCAACAGCCCCGCGGGACGUGCUGCACCUCAACCACUUCACAGCCACGGCCAUCGACCUGGCGCAGCACCCCUGCCGCUCCUGGGUCAAGCCCGUGCUGGACCGCGGCCUCACCUGGGUCGCCCCGCGCGCCCUCAAGUGCCGCGCGCUGCCCUGCCGCCGCUCCACGCCCCUCGAGUGCUGGCCGUUCUGCAUCCUGCCGUGGCAGGGGGGGGAUAGCGGCAGGGGGGGCGGUGCUGGUGGGGGUGGAGGGGCAAGGAUGGCUAAAUCGGAGAGUGUGGAGAGUGGGGAGGGAGAGAAGAGUAAGGAGCCUGUGGAAGAUACGAUGUAA